AUGAACUUGGGUUUUAUCUCCAGUAUCAUUCGAAAUGGCCUUCACUCUUUCAAGUUUGUGAGGACAUGCAUGGGAAUAUUGUCGGAUACAUCAUGGGCAAAGUUGAAUCAUCACCAGACGCCUACAAAUACUCCGAACACUAUCUACCAUGAGGCAGCUGCCGACAACAAUAACGCAUGGUUCAUGGACCUCUUUGUUCGGAAGAGCAACGAGAGAGCCAUCACGUUCUACAAGAGCAUGGGAUACAGCGUCUUCCGAGUAGUGAAAGACUACUACGGAGAUCACGCCACGGACGCUACCAAAUAUAGCGAAGAUGCGUUUGAUAUGCGCAAAUCAAUGAAGAGAGAUGUGAAACAUGAGCACGUCCGAGACGCCGGAGAGGAUCACGAAGUUGACCCUGAGGAUGUGUGGUGA